AUGAAUUCCCAAAGGAGCUCCACCACCAAUGUUGCGCUCCAAACGAUAAUUUCUUCGGCAUCUCUGCUAUUCAUGAGUGUGUAUCUGUCGUUGUUUUUAGACCAUAUUGGAGAAGAGACAAGGUUAUUUUUUCCUGAGCUUAAAAGAUCUAUGGAGAUGGUUCAAGAAUUAAAGCAUGGUGUUAGUGAAGAUUUCUUCUUUUAUGAAUAUAUGUCUAGUAGUGAUGAGAGUUCUGACAGUGAUGGGUAUGAUACCAUUACACAUGGAGGAACGAGUAAUGAUGAUGACGGAUCUUCUAAUAACGAUGUAGAGAAUAACAAUAAUAACAAUGAACGUGAUGAUAAUGAUGAUAAUAAUAAUCAUAACAACAAUAAGAAUGAAAAAAAUAAUGAUGAUGAUAAGGAUGAGGUUGACGAUGAUGAUCAGGAUGAGGAUGAGGAUGAGGACGAGGAUGCGGACGAUCAAGAUUGUGAUGACAAUGACCAUGAAGAAGAUCAAGAACCAAAAAAUAAGAAGCAGAAGUUGGAGAAGGAAAAGGAGAUAGAGGGGGAGAAGGUGGAUGAGGAUGAUAAGGGAAAGCAAACAUAA